AUGUUCCGCCAAAACGGUGGUUCGUCUACCUGUAUCAUCGAACCUGUGGAACUCCAAGACGUGUCGGGACAUAUCCAGCAACCCGCUGCCGCGAAGGUGUCGGGACCACUAUCUCCCUUGCAGACGCUCGAGACUCGUAAAAGUCAUGAAGCGGUUCCGAAAAACGACGACCCUGUUGAACAUCUGCCGUCACCAACAACGGCAGUGGCGCAUAAGACUGAAAAAUGGAAUACGCCGCGUGUGAACCUUUGGCGGACGUUGGCUGCGUUUUGGAGUUUUGUCGUCAUGGGAUCGAAUGAUGCGGCUUAUGGUGCAUUGAUUCCAUAUCUCCAAGAAUACUACAACCUCACCUUCGUCGUCAUCUCCCUCAUCUUCUUCUCCCCGCUUGUCGGCUACACCAUCUCCGCCCUCCUGAACAACACCAUCCACCUCAAAUACGGCCAACGCGGCGUCGCCUUCAUCGCGCCAGGAUGCCACCUCAUCGCGUACAUCAUCAUCGCCAUUCAUCCGCCUUAUCCCGUCCUCGUCGUCAUCUUUAUGUUUUCGGGCUUUGGCAACGGCCUGGCGGAUGCGGCGUGGAAUGCGUGGAUCGGGAAUAUGGCGAAUCCCAAUGAGAUUCUGGGAUUUUUGCAUGCGAGUUAUGGGGUCGGCGCUGUGUUGGCGCCGUUGGUGGCUACGACGAUGAUUACCAAGGGGCAGAGAUUACCCUGGUAUUCCUUCUACUAUGUCAUGAUUGGCAUGGCUGUCCUCGAGGCCGCCACCUCCAUUUCCGCCUUCUGGGGCGCCACAGCCAGCGUCUUCCGCGCCAACAACCCGCGCACCACGCACACCAAGGACAACCGCAUGAAGGAGGCUCUAGUCCGUCUACCCUAUGCACGCGUUACCUGGAUCUGUUCGCUGUUCUUGCUCGGCUAUGUUGGUGCGGAGGUGGCGCUCGGAGGCUGGAUCGUCAAGUUCAUGCUUGAGGUCCGAAAGGGAGGGGAUUUCGCCUCGGGCAUGACGGCGACGGGGUUCUGGAUGGGCAUCACGGUGGGGAGGAUCGUGUUGGGGUUUGUGACGCCGCGGUUGGGGGAGAAGUUGGCUAUUGCGAUCUACCUCAUCCUCUGCAUGGCCCUCGAACUCAUCUUCUGGCUUGUGCCCCAAUUCUACGUCUCGGCCAUCGCCGUCUCUCUCCAGGGCUUCUUCCUCGGCCCCCUCUUCCCCGCCGCCAUCGUCGCUGCCACCAAGCUCCUCCCGCGCCAUCUGCACGUCUCGGCCAUUGGGUUCGCGGCGGCGUUUGGCGGGAGCGGCGCGGCUGUGUUCCCUUUCGCGGUCGGCGCGAUUGCGCAGGCAAAGGGCGUGCAGGUGCUGCAGCCGGUGAUUUUGGCGCUGUUGGGCGUGAUUACGGGUUUAUGGGUUUGUUUGCCGAGGAUUGAGAAGAAGGUGGAGUAG